UGACGUGACGUGGUAUACUGCCCUAGUAACCCCGGUUUUGUUGGCUACACGCUGGUGAACAAACGGAUAAUGUAGCUGGCUACCUUGCUAGCAACUGCUAGUAAUCCGUUCCCAACUGGAUUAACUCGGUAUUCUCAUGUACCGGCUGUUCUUCAUGCCAAGUGGAGACAGAAUCUAAUGGUGUGGAUAGAAUGCGGAAUUCUUACAGAGUUUUCUUUACACCUGAUGAAAGCUGUACAUUUAUGGCGUUUGUGAGUGUUAGUGGAGACUUCUGCCAGGCCCAGCACCUGGUCAUUGUGGACAAGUGAAGAGAGUGGCCUGCCCUAUGAGGACAACACUGCCGCGUCGCCCCGCUAGUACACAGCACUCCAGCGGAGAGGCUGCUUUACCCACAGUCCCAAGUGUAUGCCGUGGCUUGAGCCAAUCCAGCCAUUAGAAAGCCAUCACUUUGUUUUUGUUUUUGUUUUUUACUCUCUCAAAACGCCAACAACUCACCACACCCUUCUGAAUGGGGCUGACUUGAUCUCUCUCCCUCCCGUUACCGCAAUCAAGUUCUUCGAUCCGGUUUUUGAAAGGUAGUCUCCUCAGAAUCGUUUUCUCCCCUCCAGUCUGUCAACAUGAACCGUCCGGCCCCUGUCGAGAUCUCCUACGAGUGCAUGAGGUUCCUCAUCACGCACAAUCCUACCAACUCCCAGCUCACCAAGUUCACUGAGGAACUGAAGGCAUUCGGGGUGCAAACCCUUGUCCGUGUGUGUGAGGCCACCUAUGAUAAGGCACCAGUGGAGAAGGAGGGUAUUGAAGUUCUGCACUGGCCUUUUGAUGAUGGUUCAUCUCCCCCUGACCAGAUUGUUGAUGACUGGCUCAACCUCCUGAAAUGCAAAUUCAAAGAGGAACCAGGCAGCUGCAUUGCAGUGCACUGUGUUGCAGGAUUAGGGAGAGCUCCUGUUUUAGUGGCCAUAGCCCUGAUUGAGUGUGGAAUGAUGUACGAGGAUGCAGUCCAGUUUAUACGAGAGAAGAGGCGAGGGGCUUUCAACUCAAAGCAACUACUCUACCUUGAAAAGUACAAACCCAAGAUGCGUCUCCGCUUCAAAGAUGCCAACGGUCAAAAUUGUUGCAUUCAGUAGGAGACUCGUCUGUGAAUAAGAGCAACAAAAACAAACAAACAAACAAAAAGCUACAAAAAGCCUACAAAACGAGUGUUAGCGUAAAAAGUGUAGACUGUAAGACAGUUUGAAAUUGAUCACAGAAAUGAGCAACGCAUUAACUGAUUGAUAAAAUCCAUGCACAAAAGGAAGGUGAAGAUCCAUUUUUUAACCAGCAUACAGAAUGACCAUGUAUGAGGUCUGCAAAGGACACAAAUGUCAAAUUUGGGAAGAGGGCCACCUUUGCAGAUCAAUAAGGGGGGGGGCAGUAACACACCAAUGUGCACGUGUGUGUUUUUAUUUUAAAUGACACAGCCUUCAAUAAGAAGUUAAUUGUCAGUACAAGGGUUUUCCCAGAAGGUUGUGAAUUUUGGUGUGUAGUAUGUAAACCUGUACCCAUGCUAUAAAUGACGCAAACAAGUGAUUGUGACGGUUGUGAUCACAUGUCCUUAUUUGACACAAGAUUCACAUGUGGUUUACAUUUAGGUGCUUCUCUGCAGAUGUAAACAGGUACCAUACACUAAGCUUAGGUGUGCACAGACACAAAUCACCACACGGGUCACCACUUCACGUGUAGGACUCCUACCUGCAGCUGUCUGUUUAAACCUGCGAGUGUUUUUAAUCCUUCCUGUUAGUGAAAGUGUGCAUACAAACAUUCCAGAUAUCUAUUGAGAAACCAGCUUGAAAAGAUGGCUGAAAAAUAAACAAGCAAGAAAGACAUUGUUGAUGAUCGAUCCAAUAGUAAAGGCUCCCACAUUUGAUUUUUAAAUGUUGAAAUAAACUUCCUAUGAUUGCA